GGAUUUGGAGACCAGAUGGCGAACACGCCAUUGGUCAUAAUCUGGCAAACAGCCAACGGAACUAUUAUCCUAUCUCAACGACAAGCAUCAGGCCUAGUCGAACCCCUACCCGUAACAGACCCACCGCGACAGGCAACAGUAGCCCUACAAGCUAGCAUAUUGUCUGGUGUGUCUCCCAUCCUUGCCUUCGAUAUUCCGAAGAACAACGAUACCGUCCAACCACUCGUAUGGGCCUUCGGGCUAACUGUUCCUCCCGCCGACCCCUCAGCGUCCAUCGAACAACACCUGGAUGCAGGAAACCUCUCCCUCAAUUUGACCAAGGUGCUCGCAGAUCCAUCCAGCGAAUCUGUACAUACAUCUACAACAACUACCCAAACUGGGGCGAUCGCGACAACCGUCCUAGUCGCACACGCCGCGCUCUCUGCUGCGGGCUUUCUGAUACUGCUGCCCCUUGGUGCUUUGGUGGCUCGUUGGGCGCGCGUCUUCACGCCCAAGUGGUUCACCGCGCAUUGGUUCAUCAACGUCGUCCUGGGAAUCCCGCUCAUAUGUGUGGGUUGGGCGUUGGGGCCCCUCGCCGUCGCGCGGAGGGGCAUGGGACACAUCGUUACGCCACAUCAGAUCAGCGGUGUUGUUCUAUUUGCGUUGUACGUCUUCGAAGUUGCGCUUGGCACCGUCGUCCAUUUGCGACGUCCAAAGGACGGGAAACACCAUCCUCCGCGGAAUAUCAUACACGUGGUGCUGGGCCUGGCAGUCUUUGGACUGUCGAUAUACACCGUGAGCGCUCCCCGUUCGCUCCUACCCCCGAAGCGAAGCAUCGGUCUUAUCUAA